UAAUGAUUUCAUUUACUAAUCUGAUGUAUAAUUUUAAGAUUGACUGGGGUGUGUUCCUUUCCACAACCUCUGUAUGUUAAUUAUUGGCGGUAUUUACAGCCAAUUACAACUCUUUUGGAAUAUCCUACAGCCAAUAGCGUAGUCUGUUGUAGGCAUGUGCCGUAUCUACGGCUGAGCAGCAUUUUUUUUCACCCCUGCCAACGAAAGUUCGCACACAGGGAGGCCAACAGCUGGGGGAUCCAUAGCAACCGUGGAUAAACAUGAGUUACCACACCAGGCCCUCCAGCUCUGCCAGCUUCUCUUCCACCGCAGCUGCAAGUGCCCUGGACGAUGACAGCAUAAGUCUCAGGCAGCAGAAGCUGGAGAAGCAGAGGGCCCUGCUGGAACAGAAGCAGCGGCGGAAGCGGCAGGAGCCCCUGAUGGUGCAGCCCAAUCCGGAGGCCCGGCCUCGGCGCUCUCGGCCCCGCCGCAGCGAGGAGCAGGCUCCGCUCGUGGAGUCCCGCCACAGCGUCACCAGCGACGUCAUCCUGGAUGAACCCAGAGAGUGCUAUGCCCUGCGGUGGGACGAUGAUGAGCACCGGCCGCUGCUUCCAAGGUCCCCUGUCCGACGCCGGCCCAGUCAGAUCAGGCUGGCCGAGGAAGAGAGGAGAAACUCGUCACCUCAGACGAUAGUCAUGUGGGUGCGAGAGGCCGCUCAGGGAGGAGGAGAGAGGUGUCAGCAGGAACAGCGGCAGCAGCAGAAGAACUCCCCAGAGCCAUUAGCAAGAACAGAGAGGGUUCCCCCGGAGCAGGAGAUCUGUAGUGGAACGACAGGUGCUCUGAGGCUGCUGGAAGAACAGCAGGGAUCCAGUAAAGCGCUACUUAGAGAGACAGGGAUUGAUGGCCCUGCAGCCUUCCUUGGCACCGAGGUCCCUGACACGGGCUCCAGGGUCCAGAUCCUGUCCGUGAGCCAAGCCCCGCAGUCCCCGCCCGCUGAGGAGCCGGACAGGGACGGGGACACGGAGACGUUGCUGGAGCCCAAGACGGACAUACAUGAGCUGCUUCAGAAGAGAGGACUCUCUGACAGCAUGAAUUAUGAUGAGGCCAGUGAGGAGGAGGAGGAGGAGGAGGAAGAGGAGGAUCACACUCUUUCAGUCUCCCCCAACACAGAGUGUAACCGUCCAGCAUCGGCCUCCAGCACAAAGUCCAGCACAGAGUACGUGGCUCCUGGCUCGCCUUCCUCAGAAAUCCCCCCGAUUGACGCAGACCACCUGGAGGAGUUUGUGUUACGGCCCGCUCCUCGCGGCACGACUGUCAAGUGUCGCAUCACCCGCGAUAAGAAAGGGAUGGACCGUGGACUCUACCCCACAUACUUCAUGCACCUGGAGAAGGAAGACGGCCGGAAGUUUUUUCUUCUGGCAGGAAGGAAAAGGAAAAAGAGUAAGACUUCCAACUAUUUGAUAUCUGUGGAUGCCACUGACCUGUCCCGUGAGGGGGAGAGCUUUGUGGGGAAGCUGAGGUCCAACCUUAUGGGGACAAAGUUCACAGUGUACGACAAUGGCACAAAUCCCACAAAGAACCCGGGUACACUCCUUGAGGAAAGCAACACACGGCAGGAGCUGGCCGCCAUAUGCUAUGAGACCAACGUUUUGGGCUUCAAAGGGCCCCGUAAGAUGACAGUCAUCAUCCCUGGGAUGAACAUGAACUUUGAGCGGAUACCCGUUCGACCAACCAGCGAGCAGGACACUCUGCUGGGCAAGUGGCAGGGCCGCGCUCUGGACAAUCUGAUUGAGCUGCACAACAAGGCCCCCGUGUGGAACGACGAUACGCAGUCCUACGUACUCAAUUUCCACGGUCGGGUCACCCAGGCCUCCGUCAAGAACUUCCAGAUUGUCCAUGACAAUGAUCCGGACUACAUCGUGAUGCAGUUCGGCAGAGUAGCCGAGGACGUCUUCACUCUGGACUUUAACUACCCUAUGUGUGCUCUGCAGGCCUUUGCCAUUGGCCUCUCUAGCUUUGAUAGCAAACUGGCCUGCGAGUGAGCCACCCAUCCUCCUUCACAUAUUCAGAGUCACACACGCGCUCACCCACACAAACACAUCCACCAUUAACAAGUGAGCUCCCCUCUCCCUCAGGACCGGUGUGUUAUUGUGUGCGUGUGUGUGUAUAUGUAUGCAUGUGUGUGUGUGUGUGUGUGUGUGAAACGCUCACCUCCUAGCUCAUUGCUGCUACACAAUAAUCUCCCAUCCUGCCCUGUUUAGUCUCGGUGGCCGGCACUACACCCUCCAGAAGAAAUAAAUCCUUGUCCCAGCGCCAGCGAGGCUCUCUGUGAUAUUUUACAUUCAGAGGUACCAGACAUCGAAUCACUGGAGAAGAGUCAGAUUUCAAUCAGCGUUUUUAAAAUGAGAGAAAAAAAGAACAACCUCUUUGAAGGGAAACCUUGUCAUCUUCUGAAAACUUUUUUCCUGAGUUUGCCUCUGUGUAAAUGUGUGGGUAAAUCUAAUUAUCAUAACGUCUUUAAUACUGUUUGUCUGUGUUUGUUGUUGCUGACUUAAGUGGACGGCUGUAGUUGUAAUGUUGUUUUUUAUUUCUUCAAUAAUUGGUCAGCCAAUGGAAGGAAAGGGAAUGGUACUCUACUGUGCACCAGCGCUGUACCUUGCCUGGACUAACCAACUGUAGGGACAAUGGACAAUGAACUGGUCAUGGAGAAAGUCUUAGUGGUCUCUUACCAACAUUUCAUUUUGAUGUUUGAUAGUAUUCAAAACACAACUUUUGUAAACUUGGAGUUUAAUCAUUGAUGUUAUUCUAGGUUACUUGUGUGUUCUUUUUUGCCUUUUAACUGUGUCAAGACUUUGGACCACCAGUGCUGCAAACUUUUCUUUUGUCGCUUAUUGUGAAGCCUCUAUGUCACUUUGCAUUGCUUGUCAUGAUAGACACAGCACAGUUGUCUUGUCUGUAACUGUUAAAUCUGAUGAGAUACAGAAUGUUCAGAAACAUUUCGCACCACCAGAGAAACUUUUGUAGAAGCACUCCGUUUGUAAGUCAAGACAGAGUCGGUGAUCACUACUAACUGAAUCAUGCUGAAUCAGCGAUUUCAAAGGAGCCUUUGACUUACACUGUACAUGGCAACUCCAUGUGACUUUCCUAUUUCGGCUUUCUUGUUUGGGAAUGUUUUCUUUUUUUUGUGCUGUGUUCAGCUAUCAAAGUGAGGUUUAAGUGGAGUUGUGAUGUAGCCUUUUUUCCCAGCAUGCACUUUUGUUUCUUCUCUCUCUGUGUGUCUUGUGGGCUUUUAGCUUCCCAAGGACACUUAAAAGACAACCCCAAGCCCAUAACACACACAAAACAAAUGGAAUUCUGUGAAGAUGGGCCAGAAAGGGAUAUUCCUAAGCAUUACCUUAAUAUUUAGAACUUUGCAUUAAGGGCUUAACAUCAGGGUGGAUGAGUUUGAAAUGGUAUGGAUGUAAAGGGGAGCUGCAUCGUAAUGGGAUGUUGUCUUGUAUGUGCACAGACCAUGUCUUGGGACUUUUGUUCCAUAAGAGUCAUAACUGUUUCAAGCCAGAAACAUUAGGGUGCUGUGUGUGUAGUGGACGCACAAGAUCAAAAAGUCCCUGCUGCAUCAGUAAUGUGGAUAGCAAUGUUUUUUUGUGAGUGUUUUGUGUUGAUUUUGUCUUACGCGCUGCAUCUCAUUAGCCAAUCAUAUACUGGAUAUCAAAGGAAUGCAUAUUUUUCCACUUAAAUGAACUGUUAAUAAAAAUGGAAUUUGCACAAAGUAA